AUGGUCUUCAUGUCUGGUGUGUUUGGUCAUCGGACACAAUUUUAGUAGCAAUUACUAAGUCACUGUUUUUCUUGAAUAUAUAGUUUAAUUGGUUAGAGUUCAUCCAUCCCUCAUGCACUCAACACGUGUCCCAUCCGAUUGCAUGAUAUUAGUCCCCAUUUCGACAUCGAAGAAUCGUUGAACUGAGCGAAUAUAGGCACAUAUAAAUCUGUCAAAAAUUGUGCUAACUUUCGCAUUCAUCAUUUUAUAUUUAGCGCACACGCGUCAAAUAUGCAGAGAGGAUCGCGCAAAUUGUACACCUGUGCCCUACACCACUGGGGAUGCAGACAAGGAUGCCGAAUGCCGCAAUGAAUGUGCAAAGCAACGAGGUCUGUACUUCCCUAUAAAUGCUUCCAGUGUAUGCCCAUUGUGACCGCAAACUUUUUGGUGCGUUCGCGGUCGUUUGCUCACCCAGAAGACGUGGAGUAAACAGCAACUUCUUUCUUUGUCUCAAGAGAACCUAACUGAGAAAAUAACGGCCUACUAUUGUGAAGAAGCUGACCAGUCUUGCAGUUCGUACGAAGUUUAUGGAAGAAGGCGUUACGGCAAAAUCUUUGACAGGCACGUGAUGUGUGUUCGGGCGUGCCAGUUGGUGGGACAGGGUAAACGACCCUACUGCACUCAUUUGUUUUUGCAGUUUCGUGCGCUUUUUUCCGUAUUAGACAGUUUUAAAUAAUCAAAUUUGACGCAAAUAUUGCUUUUGUUAAAAACCAGAUAUUCUGUCUGAUCUGCGUGCGCUCAUGUUCUUUUAGUGGAAAGAAGUUCCAAUGAGUCCUUAAAAGUGUGCAGGGACAUUCGUAAGAAAUGUCUCACGAUUGAGAAGAAGGAUGGAACAUUUGAGGCCUACAGACUUUGCGUUCCUAAAUGCAGUGGUUGGACUGACUGUGAGCUGUUAUUGUACUGGACGAAUUUGUCAAAUUACUCCCCCUGAUUAUGAGGGAAUUUAUCCUUGACACAACUGUUCAAUUUGUUGCAUUCGUUGAUAUGGGCAAUUUUUUUAUUUCAGUGCAAAAGAAAAUAGAGCACACAGCGUACAUUUGCCCUAAAAGCGGCGACUGUCAGGAAGUGAAAUAUCUCACCACGCCGGAGGGAAGAGCAUUCAAGCGCUUGAAGACCUGUUUGGAGGAAUGCCUGAAAGGUGAUAUUUGAACAGCAUUAUAAGCAUACAGCAUCAGGAUCCUGAUUAAGCAGGGGAUAAAGGGUUUCAUGCUGCACGUGGUCCGUUACACCCUAUUGCGAAUCAAGUAUUACGUGUAGGGUUGCCACCACUAACAAUUGUGACUGCAAAAAACGCAUUGUUUUAUGCCAUGUAUCGGUCAGCUGUUUAUACGGGUAUGAUUUUGUAUCGUGCAUUUGCGUCCUUUUACUUUGUGUCAGGAGUCAAAUUUGGUAGCUUCAUGACUCUUAUUUACGAUUUGCAGGCAUGUACCUUGGCAGUAGUCUGCAAAUUUGUCCCACAAACUUGUUUACUACUGCAAAAAACACAGGUCUAUGAUAUUGUGGUUUAAGGUACCUAAAUGUUUUUAUAUCAUCGCAAUUUUCACCUGUCAACGUUACACUGGGUAUAAAAUAAAAAUGAGGAUCUCCAUGUUAUCUGCUUUCGGUUAUAUUUCUCAUUGGUUUGGACCAUAGAGAUAACAGCAUUAAAUGAUCCAUAUUUUGUGCGGUUUUGAUUUUAGAGUGA